UGCUCCCACGUGAAGUGGCGUCCCCCCUAACACUUGUCCAGCCACCACACCAUCACUUGUUCUUUCCUUCCUCCUCUCCUCCUCCUCCGUUCCCCUCCCCCUCCACUCCCGAUCCGCAUGGCGCCUCCGCAUCCCUCCCCCGGCGGCCUCCCGUAGCCGCCGCCCGUCCAUCCCGAGGUUCGUAUCCUCCCGGGUCCAUGCUCCCUUCCCCGCCCCUCCGAAUCUGCCCGCCCGAUUCACAGCAUGGGGACCUUGGUUUCAGCGAUUUGUGUUCUAGGGUUUUCUCGCUUGGAUUCUGGAGCGCGCGGACAUGUCGUUCCGUAGCAUUGUCCGCGACGUCAGGGACGGGUUCGGGAGCCUUUCCCGGAGAGGGUUUGAGGUGAGGCUCGUCGGCCACCGGAGAGGGAAGUCCCACAGCGCCGUCCACGAGCUGCAUGACCACCAGCCCGCCGCGCCCGUGAUCCAGAGCAGCUGCUGGGCUAACCUGCCGCCCGAGUUGCUCCGGGACGUGAUCGAGAGGCUGGAGGCCAGUGAGGCUACAUGGCCGUCCAGGAAGAACGUCGUCGCGUGCGCCUCGGUUUGCCGCACCUGGAGAGACAUGUGUAAAGAGAUUGUCAAGAACCCGGAGUUUUGCGGGAAGAUCACUUUUCCUGUUUCCCUCAAGCAGCCUGGGCCCCGGGAUGGAGCCAUCCAGUGCUUCAUUAAAAGGGAUAAAUCUACACAAACCUACAGCCUAUAUCUAUGUCUUAGCUCAGCUGUGCUCGUCGAAAGUGGCAAGUUCCUUUUAUCAGCAAAAAGAUACUCCCAUGCAACCUGUACAGAAUAUACAAUAUUUAUGAAUGCUGACAAUACAUCUAGGUCAAGCAACAUGUACAUUGGAAAAUUAAGGUCAAAUAUCCUCGGAACAAAGUUUGUAAUAUAUGAUACCCAACCUCCAUGCAACACAGCCAAUGUUUCACAGUCAGGGAAAACAAGCCGUAGGUUUUACUCCAGGAAGGUGUCACUAAAGAGCUCUUCCAACACCUACAACAUAGCUCAAGUCACAUAUGAACUUAAUGUUUUGGGGACUCGGGGCCCUAGGCGGAUGAAUUGUGUGAUGCACUCCAUCCCUGCCUCAUCUCUUGAGGCCGGUGGCACUGUCCCAUGCCAGCCAGACAGUGUCGUUGCACGCUCUCUUGAUGAGUCCUUCGGCAGCAUCUUCUUUUCCAAGUCAUCCAUUAUGGACCAUUCCAUUCGAUUUAGCAGCAGCAGAUAUACAGACAUCUCAGUUGGCGGCCCCGCAGUUGGAGGCCAGGCAUUAGGCGACAAUGAUGAGUUCAAGGAGAGGCCAUUGGUCCUCCGUAACAAGGCCCCAAGAUGGCAUGAACAGUUGCAGUGCUGGUGCCUCAACUUCAAGGGCAGAGUGACUGUUGCUUCUGUGAAGAACUUCCAACUUGUUGCUGCGAUGCAGCCUGCUGCUGGAGCCCCAACACCAUCUCAGCCUACCCCACCACCUCCAUCUGACCAUGACAAAGUGAUACUACAGUUUGGGAAGGUUGCAAAGGACAUGUUCACCAUGGACUACCGUUACCCUCUCUCAGCGUUCCAGGCCUUUGCAAUCUGCUUGAGUAGUUUCGACACCAAGCUGGCCUGCGAAUGAAACCAUUGGUGCUGAAGCAUGGUGAUCGAUUAUGUAACAAAUCGGCGGCCCCCUCAAAUUUAGCUGAGGCCGCAAUUCUGUUGUUUGUUAUUGAUGCCUUAUUAACUUGUAGUACUAGAAAACCAUGUUUAGAGAUAUCCGCUGAUUUUUAGCUGCUGUUGCUGAGUUGUAUCUGUAUCCCUACAGUUCUUUAAGAGUAGCAGCAUAUUGCCCUGCCUGUAAUAAUAAUUAGCUGACUGAAUUGUGUUGUUCAUGCUUCGUAAGAGUUCCAAAUCUGAAGUUGUAUCCAAAUUCGGUA